GUCAACAAAAACACAAAACCAAGUCUCCAAAACAGAAAAGUCAAUUAAAAACAGAUAACUCUGCAAAACACUUCUACGGUUUCAAAGCUUUGUUUCCUCCGUCGCGAACCGAACAUGAAGACAUCAUCUCUCUUCCUUCUCUCCUUCCUCAUCCUCUUACCUCUCUCCUUACAAGAUCCGAUCCCAGAACUCAAACCACCACCGACUCGUGCUCACGCGGAGCUCACUAACCAUGGUUUCCCGAUUGGUCUCCUCCCUCUAUCCGUCAAAGACUACUACAUCAACAAAACCUCCGGAGAUUUCUCCCUCUUCCUCCACGGGACUUGCAAAAUCACUCUUCCUCCCGACAACUACCUCGCCACUUACUCAAACAAAGUAACUGGUCGGAUCACACAUGGUCAGAUCGCUGAGCUCCGUGGGAUUCGGGUCAGAGCGUUUUUUCAGUGGUGGUCUAUCACAGGGAUUCGCUCCUCUGGUGAUAAUUUGGUGUUCGAGGUCGGUGUUGUGACUGCUAAAUACCCUUCGAAGAAUUUCGACGAGAGUCUUGAUUGUGAAGGGAAACGUUCUUCUUCUUGAUUCAUUUCAAGAGGUAAAAGAUCUGUGAAGCCAGGAGGAACAAGUGAAAGCUAGUUUGUAAUAUAUUUAUCUCCAUCCGAAGAAUAAUGCUUGUAAUGUAAUCUUAACCACGAUACUAUUCUUGUUUUCUAUGCAAACUAAAGGCUUCAUGGAGGCUUGUAAGUUGUGAACCAAAUAUGGGUUAAUAUGUGAUAUGGGACUUAAAAACAAGCAAGAACCGUCAUGUCUUGAUAUUCAUAUCAUAUAACUACUAAAAUUCGAC